AUGGUGGACAUCUUGAAGCAAAGUGAAUCAUUGGUUGUCUGUGACGUUGAUGGAGCCCUAGUUAAAAAGCUACGGGAGUUCCGCUUCCGGAAGGACACUAACAAUGCUGCUAUCAUCAUGAAGAUUGACAAGGACAAACAGCUCGUCAUCCUUGAUGAAGAACAUGAGGAUAUUUCUCCUGAUGAUCUGAAGGAUGAGCUGCCCGAAAGACAGCCAAGGUUUGUGGUGUAUAGCUACAAGUACCAACAUAACGAUGGACGAGUUUCUUACCCCCUCUGCUUCAUAUUCUCUAGUCCAGUGGGAUGUAAACCCGAACAGCAGAUGAUGUACGCUGGAAGCAAAAACAAGCUGGUGCAAACUGUCCAGUUGACUAAGGUGUUUGAGAUCAGAAACACAGAGGACCUGACAGAGGAAUGGCUUAGAGAGAAGCUUGGGUUCUUCGGUUAAAGACGAGGCCAUUUGGUGAUCUAGUGGACUGAAUGGUCUAGAG